UACUUUGCAAAAUAGGUCUGGCAAAUUCCAAUCUUGAGAUGGCGCUUACUACCUACCUAUCUACUUACCUGUUUGCUACUAGUACUAGUAGGUUGUUCGCAGAACAAAUCCCGGGGAUUCAUAUCAGGUUAGCACAACAGCAGCAUCAGCCAUGGGCACUACUACUAGCACCAGGAUCUUUCUUUUCUUCCACCUGUGGUGUAUUCGCCCCCUCUGCUCCCCAAUUCGAUGGCCAUUUCCCAAUAGCCACAGUGUGUCUCUACCCGUGUAACCCCAGUACGAAACAUCGAGCUAUCUGUACGUAAAGGACAGGGCUAUCCCUUGCUUCCGGCACCUGAUCAUUCCAAUACUAGUUUGAGAGAGAGAGAGAGAGAAAGAGAGAGAUAGAGUCAGAGAGAGAGUCAGAGAGUAGGCCUCCUUCUCCUCUCCGGCCCUACUUGCCGCAUAGGUGUAGUACCGACGCACAGUAUGCACAUCAUUUGCUACUAACUUUGCCAGUCGACCCAGCCUUGCAGGAUCUCCAUUCAUUAGGGAAAACGUGAACGGAAAGAAAUCGUGCGAUUCCAUUCUUACAGUAGUCCAUGCAUACGAUGAGUCGGUAGUGAAUUGGCGGGUUUGUUGAGUAUGGUUAGAGUUACUGUAGGAUGGAUGGAGCCUGGCGCCAUCGCCCUUUCUUUUUUUUAUUUUUUGUUUUUAAUUUUUUUGCCUCUUGUGUUAAGAACUGUUG